CCCGGAUACCGGAAGGACCACAUUGGAUGUCUAGAAGGAUCACCCGGGCGGCCGUAGAACCUCGCCAGUAGAUGACGGGCGCGGGGCGCUGGAUCAAUGGGUAUUGAUAAUGUAGCGAAAUCUUGUUGGAAGGAACUAUGCAGCCAUGGCUAGGGUCUUGACUUGGCUAGUCGUGGCUUAGUCUUCUAAUGAUCAAGUCUUAAAUCAAUUGUUCAAUAUGACAGACCCGAUGAUGGAUUUUUUUGAUGAUGCACACCUCUUUGACGAUACAUUGGGCCUCUCGGAUGAUGCCUUUGUUCAGCAUGGCCCUGUGUCCCUUGUCGAUGAGUUGAACCUUGGAGCUGAGUUUGAGCCUCUCCAUGUGGACUCUCUGAAUCAUUGUCAAGAUUCUCAGACACACCAAAAGAUCAAUGAGUUUGACGCAUUGAAUCAGUUUGACUGUAUUAAGCUACACCAGGUAAACCAAUCAUACAAUAGCCCGGUGGAAAACGUUCUCUCUCCGCGGUCACAGUUCAGCUGCUCGCCAAUUCACCCACCUAGCCAGGGCAAUGGGUUGUUCCCUGAUGAUGGUAGCCCUAUGUGGGGCCACCAGACCGCUACCAGUAUUCCUAGUCAGAAUGGUUCACCGUUCCACCAACAUGGACACUCUCAGGCUAUGCAGGAAAACAAAAGUUUUGCUGCACACCAUGAUUUUGCCUUGUUUCAAACCAAUGAGCAACAGGGAGUCCCGAUGCAGCGGCAGCACAAUAGAAAUCAUAUCGCUUCAGGUCAGGAGAACCUAAGCCAGCCAAAAAACUUUAUGGAAGUCAAUGUUUCUGUACCACACAGAACCAGUGUUACCCAACAGCCCCAGAUGAGUAAUACUGCGACUUCGCUCCCGUCUCUUCCUGUUCAACAGUUUUCUCAAACAGAUGCAUCGAUGCACUUUUGUGGCAAUCCAUUAGUGACGCAACAGGAAAGCACCUUUGAGGGCCAGUCUACUACGAUGUCCUCCUGUCCGGUCAGUGCUACUCCACCCUUUUCGGCUCACUAUCCCUUCCCCAGUAACCACCUUAACCGGUCCGUGCAUUCAUUAUCAGACUUUACUGGAAGCCCAACAUUCUCAGACCUAGGAACAAAGCAAGAGACUAACCAGCACAUUCUAGAUCCAAGUGCACAAUUACAUUCAAACAAUUUCCAGAUGAUGCACCCUUCACUCCCUCAGGGCAACUUCAACAGAACAAAAAUGCCUCCGGUGACCAUUAAUUUCCCUACUCCAGACAGUUCCUCAGCUCAUUUAAGCCAUUUUAAUGAUCAUAUGGAAAGCAAUGGGUUCUCUCCUUUGGAGGACAAUUUGCUGCAACCGGUGGAUUCCCAAGCAGAACCGUUUACAGGACUGGAUCCAGAGGAUUUGCUUCAGGGAGAUCUACUACAAAGUUUUGAUGAUGCUUCAUAUGGCCAUGACAGCUCCAAUUCAAGCCAUACUGUCUUAGAGGACCAAGACCUAGAUAUGCACAUUGGUCAACAUCUAAAGCUCUCAACUGACCUCCUUAGUACACAGCAGGAUCCUCAUCCUUGGCCAUCGCCUCUGUCCAACCAUAUUCAGAUUCAAGAGAGACCUUGUGUGACCUCCAGGGGAAAGCCUCCCUCCUCCAAAAAGCUUGAUGGUUCCCGGACGUACCACAGGCUCUCAAAUCCUAAGGUGAGGUCAGCGUCCGAGAAGCGUCCCAAAAAAAAGGCCGACUCUGAGAGUAAGCAGGAGAAGGCUAACCGCAUCAUCUCAGAAGCAAUUGCCAAGGCCAAGGAGAGGGGUGAGAGGAACAUCCCACGUGUAAUGAGUCCGGAGAACUUCCCCAGCGUCUCCUCUUCUGAAGGCAAGGAGGAGAAACGAGGGAGGAAGGCCAGAUCAAAGCCCAAGGAGAAAGAGAGCAAAAAAAACAAAGCGGGGCUGUCCUCAAAGCUUAAGGAGAAGAAAAAAAUUGGUAAACUCAUUAUUACGCUGGGCCCGAAGCAAAAGAGGAAGAUUGAAUCUUCAGAUGACGUGUCUGAUGCAGAAGGGGCUCCGCGAGGAUUAAAAGACGAUCCUCAGAAGCGAAGAUCCAACCGCCAAGUAAAGAGGAAAAAGUAUGCAGAGGAGGGGGAAGGUAAGCAGUCUGAAGAGGAGCCGAAGGCCAAUGUUAAACCCAAGAAGAGCACACCAUCCCUGCCAGCAGAGCAGCCGCUCCAGCUGUUUGUGGAAAACCCGAGUGAAGAAGAUGCAGCCAUCGUGGAUAAAAUUUUAUCCUCGAGAAUAGUUAAGAAAGAGACGGCAUCUGGGAUGUUUGUCGAAUUGGAAGAAUUUUACGUCAAGUACAAAAAUUAUUCCUACUUACACUGUGAAUGGGCCACCGAACAGCAGCUGUUGAAGGAUAAAAGGAUCCAGCAAAAAAUAAAACGCUUCAAGAUCAGACAGGCACAACGGGCGCACUUUUUUGCUGAUAUGGAAGAAGAAAUGUUUAAUCCAGACUAUGUGGAAGUAGAUCGAGUACUAGAAGUUUCCUUUUGUGAAGAUAAAGACACUGGGGAACCCAUUAUUUAUUAUCUAGUGAAGUGGUGCUCCUUGCCAUACGAAGACAGCACAUGGGAACUGAAAGAGGAUGUCGACCAAACAAAAAUUGAGGAGUUUGAACAGCUGCAGGCAGUGCGACCGGAUACCCGCAGAAUGGAACGACCACCCACAAACACUUGGAAGAAGAUCAAUCACUCGAGAGAAUAUAAAACGGGUAACCAGCUCCGAGAGUAUCAACUGGAAGGACUCAAUUGGCUGCUAUUCAACUGGUACAAUAGGAGAAACUGCAUUUUAGCAGAUGAGAUGGGUCUUGGAAAAACUAUCCAGAGUAUCACAUUCCUGCAUGAAAUCCUCCUAACUGGGAUCAAAGGACCCUUUCUCAUCAUUGCUCCGCUCUCCACAAUCACCAACUGGGAACGGGAGUUUCGCACGUGGACAGACCUCAAUGUGGUUGUGUACCACGGCAGUAUGAUCAGCCGGCAAAUGAUCCAGCAAUAUGAGAUGUAUUUCAGGGACUCCCAGGGCCGCAUCGUACGGGGUGCCUACAAGUUCCAUGCCAUCAUCACCACCUUUGAGAUGAUUUUGGGAGGCUGCCCGGAGCUUAAUGCUAUUGAAUGGCGCUGUGUGAUAAUUGAUGAGGCGCACAGGCUGAAGAACAAGAACUGCAAGCUGCUAGAGGGACUUAAGCUCAUGAAUCUGGAACACAAAGUGCUGCUGACAGGGACACCUCUGCAAAACACAGUGGAGGAGCUCUUCAGCCUCCUGCAUUUCCUAGAGCCGCUGAGGUUUCCCUCGGAGACCACGUUUAUGCAGGAGUUUGGAGACCUGAAGACAGAAGAACAGGUCCAGAAACUUCAGGCCAUUCUGAAGCCGAUGAUGCUCCGACGGCUGAAGGAAGAUGUGGAGAAGAAGCUGGCUCCUAAAGAAGAGACCAUCAUCGAGGUGGAGCUGACCAAUAUCCAAAAGAAAUACUAUAGAGCCAUCCUGGAGAAGAACUUUGCCUUCUUGUCCAAGGGCGCAGGGCAAGCCAAUGUGCCAAAUUUGGUUAACACUAUGAUGGAGCUUCGAAAAUGCUGCAACCAUCCAUAUCUGAUUAAAGGUGCUGAAGAGAAGAUUCUCGGGGAGUUUCGAGAAACCCACAAUCCGAUGGCUCCAGAUUUUUACCUCCAGGCCAUGAUUCAGUCUGCCGGGAAGCUGGUCCUCAUAGACAAACUCCUGCCGAAAAUGAAGGCGGGAGGUCACAAGGUGCUGAUCUUUUCCCAGAUGGUGCGUUGCUUGGACAUCCUGGAGGAUUAUCUGAUGCACAAAAGGUACUUGUAUGAACGGAUUGAUGGGCGAGUCCGCGGGAAUCUACGCCAAGCAGCCAUCGAUCGUUUCAGUAAACCGGACUCGGACCGCUUUGUGUUCCUUCUCUGUACUCGGGCAGGAGGCCUCGGGAUUAACCUGACAGCCGCUGACACUUGCAUCAUUUUUGAUUCAGACUGGAACCCCCAAAAUGAUCUCCAGGCUCAGGCCCGUUGCCACAGGAUAGGCCAGAACAAGGCUGUGAAGGUUUACAGGUUAAUAACAAGAAAUUCUUAUGAGCGGGAGAUGUUUGACCGCGCUAGUCUGAAACUGGGACUGGACAAAGCUGUCCUGCAGAGCAUGAGCGGUCGAGAGAACAGUGUUGGUGGUAUUCAGCAACUAUCCAAGAAAGAGAUUGAAGAUCUUCUAAGGCGAGGAGCCUACGGGGCUAUCAUGGACGAAGAAGACGAAGGCUCAAAGUUCUGUGAAGAAGAUAUUGACCAGAUUCUGCAGAGGAGAACUAAGACCAUAACCAUUGAGUCAGAAGGAAGAGGGUCAACGUUUGCUAAGGCAAGCUUUGUGGCUUCGGGCAACAGGACAGAUAUCUCUUUGGAUGAUCCUAACUUCUGGCAGAAAUGGGCAAAAAAAGCUGAAAUUGAUAUUGACUCUAUGAGUGGACGGAACAGUCUAGUAAUUGACACACCGAGGAUCAGGAAGCAGACUCGACCCUUUAGUGCUACCAAAGACGAGUUAGCAGAGUUAUCAGAAGUUGAGAGCGAAGGUGACGACAAGCCCAAGUUACGUAGACCAUACGACCGCGCCACUGGCUACGGCAGGACAGAGUGUUUCAGAGUCGAGAAGAACCUGCUUGUCUACGGGUGGGGAAGAUGGAGAGAUAUAUUAUCCCACGGUCGUUUCAAAAGGCAGCUGAAUGAGCAGGAUGUCGAGAUCAUUUGCAGAGCUCUCCUGGCUUAUUGCCUUGUGCACUACAGAGGAGAUGAGAAGAUAAAGAGUUUCAUCUGGGAUCUAAUCACUCCAACAGAGGAUGGGCAGACAAGGGAGCUACAGAAUCACUUGGGUCUAUCAGCACCUGUACCACGGGGAAGAAAAGGGAAAAAGAUAAAGAACCAGACAAGCACUUUUGAUAUCCACAAAGCAGACUGGCUCCGGAAAUACAAUCCUGAACACCUCCUGCAAGACGAAGGCUACAAAAAGCACUUGAAACACCACUGCAAUAAGGUGUUACUGAGGGUGCGAAUGCUGUAUUAUCUCAAGCAAGAAGUAAUUGGUAUUCACUGCCAGAAGGUCAUUGAUGGAGUCGAUUGCAGUGAAAUUGACCUGUGGGUUCCCGAGCCGGAUCAUUCCGAAUUACCUGCAGACUGGUGGGAUGCCGAUGCGGACAAAUCUCUUCUCAUGGGUGUAUAUAAGCACGGGUAUGAGAAAUACAACACAGUCCGGGCAGAUCCAGCCCUCUGCUUCCUUGAGCGAGUCGGCAAACCAGAUGAGAAGGCAGUGGCUGCGGAGCAGAGGGCUAACGAUUACAUGGAUGGUGAUAUUGAAGAUCCGGAGUAUAAACCAGCUCCUGCAUUAUUUAAGGAUGACAUAGAGGAUGACGCUUCAUCUCCCGGUGACCUUGUUAUAACAGAUGGAGAUGGACAGGCCACAGAAGGGGACAAGACCUACUGGCCGACACAGUCCGCGCUGACCACACGCCUCCGCCGGCUCAUAACAGCAUUCCAGAGAUCGACAAAGAUUAGGCAGGUACAGCAGGUCCCACCGAUGUUCCCGGUUCACACGAUAGUGAAUCAAGCACCUUACGAAGAUGCCUCCCUGAAUCCAAAAAUGGCUGCCAAGAUCGAACGACAGCAAAGGUGGACUAGAAGAGAAGAGGCUGAUUUUUACCGAGUGGUGUCUACAUUUGGAGUGGUAUUUGAUCCGGGAAGAGGGCAGUUUGACUGGACCAAAUUCCGUGCUAUGGCUAGACUUCAUAAGAAGACAGAUGAGAGUCUGGAAAAAUAUCUUUAUGCUUUCAUGGCAAUGUGCCGGAGGGUGUGUCGACUGCCCACUAAGGACGAUUAUGUAGAUUCAACCAUCUCGAUUCAACCAAUCACAGAGGAGAGAGCUUCAAGAACGUUGUACCGCAUUGAACUCCUUCGAAAGGUACGGGAACAGGCUCUUCGCCACCCACAGCUGUUUGAGUGCUUGAAGUUAUGCCAGCCGAAUCCAGAUUUGCCUGUGUGGUGGGAGUGUGGCACCCAUGACCGAGAUCUAUUAAUCGGAGCUGCAAAGCAUGGUGUAAGCAGGACAGACUACCACAUUAUGCGUGACCCAGAACUGUCCUUCAUGGCUUCCCAGAAGAAUUACAACCAGAGCAAAGGGACCUCUUCUAUUCCACUUGUAGCUGUGCCUAGCCAGAUAACAUUGUCUGCAUCUCCUCACACUCCUCAGCCACGGAUGCAAGAACUUAAAGCGAGCACAAGUGAUGAGGUCAAAAUAAAAAGUGAGAUGGUCAAUGAGGACAACUCCUUACCAGAGGUAGACUAUGCACUUUCAGAGCAGAACAAGGCAAAAACAAAAGCAGAGCCUUCAAGUCCUGUCAAUGGUCCAUUAACUCAUGGAGGAGAACACAAACCAGCUGUUAAGUCAGAAACAGACAGAAGAAUGGUGGCAGCAAGGACUGAACCUCUCACCCCUAACCUGACUUCCAAGAAACAAAGGAUAAGCAAGCGAGGCUCAGCAUCCAGCUCUGAUUCUGAUUCCGACUCUAACAGAUCAUCAUGUUCGUCCAGAUCUUCCUCAUCUUCUUCCUCGUCGUCCUCGUCUUGCUCUCGCUCAGGAUCAAGCUCUUCCUCCUCAUCCUCCUCCUCUUGUUCAUCAUCAUCAUCCUCGUCUUCCUCCUCUUCUUCUUCCUCAUCUUCAUCAGAGGACAGUGACAGUGAUGAAGAAGAACAGAAAGGUGACCGCGUGCCUCAUGUGAAAGCUUAUGAUGAAGAAAGCGUGGCCUCUAUAAGCACUAUACAAGAUGAAACUCAGGAUAGCUUUCAGAUGGAUAAUGGGACCCACCAUUCCAAUUAUCUUGUCCAAGGGGGCUUCAUAUUUGCAGCUCCCCAUUGGCCUAAGGAUCGUGUGAUGAUCAACAGGCUUGACAGUAUUUGCCAGGCUGUAUUGAAAGGCAAGUGGCCAACAUCUAGAAGAAGCUACGAUGGCAGCAGCGUGGCCUCCUUCUACACCACUAAGCUCAUGGAUAGCCCAGGAGCUGCCAUCGAUUACAGCGAGCCUGUCCCACAGACAGCGCCGCUCGUCAGCAUCAAGGACGAGCUCGGCCAUUCGCCCCAGCUGUCAAAGGUGAAGAAGCAUGUACCAGAAAAGGAGUUUACCGUGAAAAUCAAUGACGAAGGAGGCCUAAAAUUGACUUUCCAGAAGCAGGGAAUUCCUCAAAAGCGACCGUUGGAUAAUGAAGGACGGCUGAGUCAACAGCAGUAUUUGGCUCGGCUGCAGGAUCUCCAGAAUGCGUCUGAAACCAGUUUGUUCCAUUUCCCCAAAUCAACAACAGUAUCAGGUACCUCCAAUCAGCUACAGCCACCAACGGCUAAUGCCAAUGGCGUAUUACCAGACACGCAGCCAGUAGUCAAGAAGAGACGCGGCAGGAGGAAGAAUGUGGAGGGUGUUGAUAUUCUUUUUAUGAAUAGUAAUAAAGGGCUUAACCACGUCAGUCCAUGUUUGAACCCUGUGCUGCCUCAGUCUGCUUCCUACCCCCAGAAUCUCCCCUGCCCACAACUUCAGGGGCCACAGGACGCAGAGAGCCCCGUUCCUGUGAUAAACCUAAAAGAUGGCACGAGACUGGCAGGAGAUGAUGCCCCAAAGAGAAAAGACCUCGAAGGAUGGCUGAAGGAGCACCCUGGCUACGUGGAAGACCUUGGUGCUUUUAUCCCAAGAAUGCCCCUCCAUGAUGGGCGGCCAAAGCAGAAAAGGCAUCGUUGCCGGAACCCCAAUAAACUUGAUGUGAACAGCCUUACUGGAGAAGAGCGAGUUCAGCUUAUCAACAGGAGGAAUGCACGCAAGGUGGGGGGUGCUUUUGCGCCUCCGCUGAAGGAUCUGUGCAGGUUCCUAAAGGGAAAUCCAGAGUAUGGAGUGGCACCUGAAUGGGGAGAUGUUGUGAAACAGUCUGGUUUUCUCCCAGAUUGCAUGUUUGACCGCAUUCUCACAGGACCCGUGGUAAGAGAGGAGGUGAGCAGGAGAGGGAGGAGGCCCAAGAGUGAGAUGACCAAGGCACCCGCAACAGCAGCCAAAUCGGCUGCCAAUUCUGUGUGUGUGAAUCCUCUACUGGCCAAUGGUUUGAUCCCAGGCAUGGACAUCUCCAGCUUUCAAGCCCUUCAGCAGAACCUCCAGAGCCUACAGUCCCUGCAGCUGACAGCUGGGUUGAUAGGCUUACCCGCUGGCCUCUCAGCUUCUGGUGGAGAUGCCAAAAACAUGGCCGCUAUGUUUCCUAUGCUGCUCUCCAGCAUGGCUGGGUUGCCUAAUCUUCUGGGCUUGGGAAAUUUGUUGAAUAAGUCUCCAGAACCCAGUGCCGACGGUAACGAGAAAAAAUCCUCAAGUGAAGGCAAAGAAGCAGAUAGAAGCAAAGAAAGGACGGUGUCUCCUACUGGUGACAAACACAGACAGAACUCCAGCCCCCCAUCCACGUCCACGGGAACUGCACUAAGCGCAAACUCUUUAGCAAUCAACCCAUUGCUGUUACCCAACAUACUGUACCCAGGGAUGCUUCUCACUCCAGGCCUUAAUCUCCACAUCCCAGCUGUGCCCCAGCCCACUGUUUACAAUGUACCAAAUGCUAGUACUGAAACGGUAACGGCUCAACCCCCGGACACCACCACCACCACAGAACCUUCUUCUGAACCCAAUCGAGAAGAGAAGCCCGAAAAGGAGCUUGGUUCUCAGAACGAGCACAGCACUGACGAAGGUUCCGAGAAGGUGGAUCCUUCAUCAGGAUCGAACAGCACUUCAUCAUCUUCAUCUGAAGUCUCAGAGUCUUCAGAGGAAGACUGAAAAUGACCGUACCCUGCACUUAAAUUAUACUAGAAACCCUCAUGAACCCCUCUCCCGCCUACAGUUAUUUUAACUGUAAAUAUUGUGUGUUGCGGGUGCAUCAAGGAUUUAACUGACACAAACAUUUCAGUAUUUGCUCUGAAAAUGCAAAUGGCGUUUAACAAACGUUUUGCAUGUAAUAUUCUCGCAGAAUCUCUGAACUUGUAUGUAAUAUCAAAAAAUGAAAGGAAAAAAAAAAAAUACACAUUGUGCUGUAAGAAGAUUACAGCAAAAGGCAUUAUAAAUUUUGUUUCGGGACGGGCCGGGGUAAUUUUAUGGAAAAAAAAAACAAAAACUGAAACGGACAAAAAAAAAAAAAAGUUUUGCUCUAUAAGAGCUGUAUAUAAAUAAUAUAUUUGCAGUGAAACACAGAA